UACGCGACCACUUUUCUUUGAGGAUGCAACAUUCCAAACAACUCGAUGAAAGAUCCAAACGGCUGACUCGCAAGAAUUCACAAGAUUGGGAAUGGCGUCCCAGGGAGAAGGGCCAUCUCCCUAUCAAAGGUAAAAGAGACGAGAGCCAGGAUAUCGUCGAUUCCUCGAUGGCUAUAUUGGGGAGUGCAGGCGGCUCGAUGACGGAGGCUCGCGUCGAGCCAGGCUGGCGCAUCAACGAUAUCCUCUUGGCGGCCAGAGUUUUGCAAAAUACACGACCCUCGCCGAAUUAUGCCAACGAGGCCGAGAUGAGACGCGUCUUUGGCCUGGUAUACGACGUUCUCAGAUGUGAGAUGUAUAUGUACUAUAAUUCGCGAGCAACUUUUGCUCUUAUUUUAAUAAGAAAUAAAUAUACAGAUAAAAAUAUCUUGAAUCGUACUCUCGAGGACGGUGGGUUUUGGUAUCGAAACGGUGCUCUGAAACUACGAGAACGGGUAGUCUGGUUGUUACUGUACGAUAUGCAGGGAAGAAAGUUUGCUCGCCGACGUGCUGGGAGCGCAACCGAGACUCGAGAGAAGAUAUUCGAGAGGGUCGGAUUAAAAGACAUCGAGGAUGCUCUUUUGAAAGCAAAGACGCAUCUGGCAGCAAGCAUCUCGCGUCUUCGUAUCGGCGGUUCGGCACUCAAUCUUGACCAACUUCUUCCGGCGCAUCUGCGUAUCGCGGAAGGAAUAAGCUGGGCCGACAAAGGCGCGAUUGCCUCCGGAUGGAUCAACACCAUCAAGGUAUUGACUAAAAGUCAAUUCGUCCAGGAUAUGUCAAAGCUAAACCUCCAACUUUGUGAGGAAGCGGCGGAGCUCUACGACAACAAGUAUGUCUUUGAUCCAAUUUGCCCAAAGAUGAUUAAUUUGCAUGAUAAGGCGAGAGAGAAACUCGCCAUGUCCGAUUUGGCUCGCGAUCACCGAUUCAUCUUUCUGGAAAGAUCUUUGUGUCUCGGAGCGGCUACGUUGGCGCAAGCGAUACGUGUCGCGCGUCUUUGCGGCCCCGUAAUUCUCACGCACUCGAUCGCCCCUCGUCACACGGGCUAUUUGGCGGGACUCUUGGCUGACAUCGAAGAUGCCGGCAGACUCUUGGCUUUCGGUGCUGGAGAUGGUCGUUGCGAACACGAAGCAUACCUCACGACCUUGGGCGUCACUCUGCAGCAAUGUAGAAUCUUUUCAGAAAAAUAUAUCGCGCCACCACCGUCCGUCGAAUUGGAAAGAGCGACUGUCGUUCUAGCGACCCCCCCGUGCAGCUACACCGGCGUCCGGGACGUUGUCGAUCUUGCUGUUGCUCGCGGUGGCGAUACUAAUUUGUUAGAAUCGUUGACUAGCGAUACAGCGGGUGAGAUCAAACAGCCUCGCGCUCUUUUGGCCGAACAAUUUUCCACGCUCAAGUACGCACUAACCAGGCCAAAUAUACAGUUUCUAAUAUACGAGGUACAUACCAUCUUACCAUCCGAAACUACGGAAAUGAUUCGACAGGUUGUUGAAUACGCCAAUCGAUUAGCCACGGAGAAAUACAUUCGCGAGCAUCCCCCAAAGAGAAAGACUCUACUCAAAGAUACUAGCGGAAAGAUGUCAAAGAUGGCGACCAAAAGUGAUAGGCAAGAAGAAUCGCGGGAACAUUGGGAGGAACGGGCGCAAGACGAACAAAUGUUUGUGUGCAAACAGGAGGACGAGGAAGAUGAAAAGUUGUUAGAUACGACCGACGUUGUUAUCCCCGACAGCGAUUUGUUCGAAGUAGGGACUAUCGAUGACAUUUACGGCGAGAAUAACCAACGCGUGUUAGAUCCAGGCUGUUUCAUCGCGAUAAUUAAACGAAAGGAAAUGAUGCAGUUUGAUUCGCUUUUCAUGAUCAAAGUGGCAGAAGCGAAAGGUCUGUUUGGCGAUCCCGACAAGGAGCGACAGACAAAGCAAAAAACCGAAAUGCCUGCGGCGGCGAUACGUCAGUCGUCGCGAAUCAAUCGCAGAGGUUGCAAGCGUGUUAAAGUCGAGAUAGAUCGCUUAGCAGCGCCUACUCAUGCUUGGAUGUUGCGAGCUACGAAUAAGCGUCAGUUGUGCCCUCGUCACAGCCGACGCAUCGUUCGCGAUGAGAAGUUACUAACGAUGCAAGUACGUGAAACUCGAAAGCGAGAUGCGCGUCGAUGGUGGCGGGAUGCAAUCGCCUUUCUCACCGAUUCGGAAAGACGCCGAGACACUUGCGCUUUCCAGUUUUAUGCGACACGUUCCGACCCCUUUACACAAAAACCACUAUAUCCUUCUCACGAGAAGAAGAUGGCAUUGUCGAGAUGCUACCGCCGUUUUCGACGGCAAAAUUUAGCGGUCGAUUCCUAAACUCCUAUCUAGAAUUCAAUUUAAUUAUACAUAUAAAUAGUUUUAAUACUCUCUGGCGAUUAUUGUCAUACGAAUCGAAUUGACGUGUUGGUUCAUAGAGAGUAUCGUAGACUUUGAAUUUUCGUAGCAAGAGAUGUACAAGUGUAAAUUGAAAUUAUUUUUGACUCAUCGCUGUAGGAUGAUUAAAAUAUAGGUUUGACUUUUUUACUUUUGUUUUACUACUUGAGAUUGUCACUUUGCGAUCAAUCGUGUCGAUUAAUUCGAUAGUCGCCAGCUGCGGUUACCUCGGGUUGCUGUUAUCUGCAACGUUUUCAAACGCGAUAAAAUAAACUUUUUAUUCGCGCUAUAAAAUAGUAAAUAAUAGAGAAAUAGCAGUAAAAUGUGCUGACGAUAGGAAAUUGAUCGGUUAAUGUUAACAUUGAGAAAAUUCG